ACUCUGUUAUCUGCAGAAAACAUCACUCUAAUGUUUUCCUUAAGGAAAAAAACAUACAUCCUCAAGGUGGGAAGUAACAGCGCAACCAAUAUAAGAACAAAGUGCACAGAUAUUCAAAUGUCCUUUCAGUACUCUCUCUAUGCAACCACCUACAUCGUCAUAUUCAUCCCUGGUCUUUCGGCCAACAGUGCAGCCUUGUGGGUUCUGUGCCACUUCAUCAACAAGAAAAAUAAAGCCAUCAUUUUCAUGAUCAGCCUCUCUGUAGCUGAUCUUGCUCAUAUGCUGUCUUUACCUCUCCGGAUUUACUAUUUCAUUAGCCACCACUGGCCCUUCACAAAGGCCAUUUGCCUGCUGUGCUUCUACUUGAAGUAUCUCUACAUGUGUACCAGCAUUUGUUUCCUGAUGUGCAUCAGUCUUCAGAGAUGUUUCCUUCUCCUCAAGCCCUUUAGAGCCAGAGACUGGAAGCGUAGGUAUGAUGCAGGCACCAGUGCUGGCAUCUGGAUCAUUGUGGGGACUGCCUGUUUGCCACCUCCAAUUCUGAGGAGUGCUGGCUUAGCCAACAACACUGAAUACUGCUUUGCCAAUUUAAGGUUUCAGCACAUUAGCAUGGCUUCCUCCAUUGGUAUGAUAACUGUAGCUAAACCUGGAAGUUUUUUUUUGUUUUUUGUUUUUUGUUUUUUUUUACCUGUUGCCAUUAUAACGUAUUGCACAUGGAAAACGAGAAAAUCUUUACAGGAAUUCCAAGUUCCUGCUCAGAAUACCAAAGAGAGAAAGAAGUCUUUGUUGCUGGUUCUGAUAUAUGCAGUGGUGUUCAUUGUGUGUUUCCCUCCUUACCACCUCAACUUCCCAUUCUAUAUGAUGGUGAAACAACAUGUCUUUUCAAACUGUUCUUUUUUAAGAUCAUCCUAUGUUUUUACAUCAUCUCUAUGUCUUACAGAUCUGAAUUGCUGCCUUGAUCGUGUUGUAUAUUAUUUUACGACCUCAGAAUUCCACAAUAGGUUUUUGGACCACAGUGGUUGGCUCUUCAGUCACGUGUGAGAUGCAAGGACAGUGUUUUGGAAAUUCAUCACAGGAAGGAGAAACUUCAAACUAUCUCUCUUACAAAUUUGAAUGAUUCCAAGAUAAUACAAUCAAAUAAAUAACUAGAAUAAUCUAUGU